AGCCUCUCUCUCUCUUUACCACUCUCUUCCUCUCUUUACACACCCACAAACUUAUUUUAUCUCGACACAAGCCAUGUUCAACUAAACUUUAAUCUUCGAAUAAUAAUUCUUUUAUUCUUAUUCUUCCGUUUUACCAUUGUGGUUUAAAAUCGAACAGAGUGUCACCGUCGUUGGUACUAGACCCCAAGAGAAAUACCGCUCCACACACAUUAUCUUUUCUUCUCAGUCCUCCUUUUUCUUCUUCUUCUUCUUCUUCUUCCUUCUUCUCUUCAGUGCUAGCCAUCUAGCAUCGACAUCAUGAUUAAGGAUCGUGCCUUAGGGCUUUUUGGCGAUAAUGUUGAAAGAAGAGCCCGGACUUUCUUCUGGUUAACGAUUGUGAGCUUCGCGUCGGCCGUCUUUCUCUUCCGCCAUCUUCUCUACACAUCAUGGACGCUGGCCGCCCUUCCUGUCUACUGGCCUAUGCAUCGCGACAGUUUCAUCCUCUCACAAGAGAGAGACAACUUCGACAUCACAUUUUCCAACUAUAGCAAAACUCAAGUCUCAGCCGCCCCUUACGAAGAUGUCGUGCCACCCAUCCUACAUCACAUCGCCCUCGGCAAACACAGCACAAACUGGAGGACCGAAUGGAAGGAGACGGUCCAGAGCUGCGUCGACAUGCACCCAGGCUGGGAGGCAAACAUCUGGACAGACGACAAAGCCUCCAAGUUUGUCGAGGAGAAGUUCCCCGACCUCAAGGAGAUGUGGGAUAGUUACACCUACCCCGUUGAGCGAAUUGACGCUCUGCGCUACAUGCUUCUCUAUGAAUACGGCGGCGUAGUCCUCGACAUGGACCUCAAGUGCACGCGCGCUCUGGGCCCUCUGCGACGAUUCGACUUUGUGGCCCCCGAAGCUCAUCCUGUCGGCUUCUCCGUCGGCUUCAUGAUGUCCAGCAGACGCAACCAAUUCAUCGGCGACGUCGUCAGCAACCUCGCUACCUACAACAAACACUGGCUGGGCCUCCCUUACGCGACUGUCAUGUUCAGCACGGGCUGCCACUACGCCUCGGUUAUCCACGCCUUUGAGUCGGAUCGCAGCGAUCUAAAGAUCCUCCCUGGACCGUUGCACAGCCUCAAUGGUCGCGUAACAACGCCCAUCUUUGAGCACCUCGGCAGCUCAUCAUGGCAUUCAUACGAUGCCCGCUUUAUUACAUCGCUAGGCCGACGGUUACACCAGAUCGUCUUCUUCUGCGUCGGCGUUGUGCUCGCACUGUUUGUGCGGAGAAGACUGAUGCUGCGGAGAGUAUGGUGGAACUUCAAGGGCGAUCGGUCAUUUGUAUAAACACACUCUCAUCAUUUUCUAUGUAUAACUACACCAAACAGAGCAAAACAGCGCACAGAUAACGCGAGGUUCAUGUAGGGCCUGUAAAGGGAAAAGGCCUCUCGCAGUUCUCAUUCACUUUGUACAUAUUCUUUUAAUGUCUUUUUGAAAUAAUACCCGUUAAUAGAGCCUUG